AUGGUGCAGAAGUACCAGUCUCCUGUCCGCGUCUACAAGUACCCAUUCGAGCUGGUCAUGGCGGCCUACGAGAAGCGCUUCCCUACCUGCCCGCAGAUCCCCAUCUUCCUGGGCAGCGAGGUCCUGCGCGAGUCCCGCAGCGCUGACGGGUCGGUCCACGUGGUGGAGCGAAGCUGCCGGCUGCGCGUGGAGGCCCCGCGGCUGCUGCGGAAGAUCGCUGGCGUCGAGCACGUGGUCUUCGUGCAAAGAAACGUCUUGAACUGGAAGGAGAGGACGCUCCUCAUCGAAGCGCACAACGAGACUUUCGCCAACCGCGUGGUGGUCAAGGAGAACUGCAGCUACACGGUCCACCCUGAGAAUGAAGAGUGGACGUGCUUUGAGCAAUCUGCAUCACUCGACAUCCGGUCCUUCUUUGGCUUCGAAAGUGCCUUGGAGAAGAUCGCCAUGAAGCAGUACACAGCCAACAUCAAGAGGGGGAAGGAGGUGAUUGAGCAUUACCUGAAGGAGCUCUUCUCCCAGGGCAUCUCUCAUAUUCCCCGGUGGACGCCUGCCCCAGUCCCAGAGGAGGACGCCUGCUCCCAGGCUGGUCUGAGGGAUCCCGGCUGCCUGGAGAUCUGCAGACCCAGCAGCACCCAAGUCCCUGCUUCCGAGUUGGUCAGUACUGACGGGGACAAGCUGGAUGCGGACUACAUUGAGAGGUGCCUGGGCCACCUCACACCCAUGCAGGAGAGCUGCCUGAUCCAGCUGCGGCACUGGUUGCAGGAGACCCACAAAGGCAAGAUCCCCAAAGACGCGCACAUCCUUCGGUUCCUGCGGGCUCGAGACUUCCACCUGGACAGGGCCCGGGAGAUGCUGUGCCAGUCCUUGAGCUGGCGAAAGCAGCACCAGGUGGACCUCCUCCUUCAGACCUGGCGACCCCCUGCCCUCCUGGAGGAGUUCUACGCGGGGGGCUGGCACUACCAGGACAUAGACGGCCGCCCCCUGUACAUCCUGCGUCUGGGCCACAUGGACACCAAGGGCUUGAUGAAGGCCAUGGGGGAGGAGGUGCUGCUGCAACACGUUCUUUCUGUCAACGAGGAAGGACAGAAGCGGUGUGAAGGGAACACAAAACAGUUUGGCCGUCCCAUCAGCUCCUGGACCUGCCUGGUGGACCUGGAGGGCCUCAGCCUGCGGCACCUGUGGCGGCCUGCCAUGAUCGAGGUGGUGGAGGACAACUACCCUGAGACCCUGGGCCGGCUGCUCAUUGUGCGAGCCCCCCGCGUCUUCCCCGUGCUCUGGACACUGAUCAGCCCCUUCAUCAACGAGAACACCAGGCAGAAGUUCCUCAUUUACAGUGGCAGCAAUUACCAGGGUCCCGGAGGCCUCGUCGACUACCUGGACAAAGAAGUGAUCCCCGACUUCCUCGGGGGAGAGUGCCUGUGUAAUGUCCCUGAAGGAGGGCUGGUCCCCAAGUGUCUGUAUCUGACAGAAGAGGAUCAGGAGCACGAAGACCAGCUGCAACAGUGGAGAGAGACCUACCAGUCGGCCAGUGUGCUCCGAGGGGCCCCCCACGAGGUCACAGUGGAGAUUCUGGAGAGGGAGUCAGUCAUCACCUGGGACUUCGACAUCCUUCGAGGCGAUGUGGUGUUCAGUCUGUACCACACCAAGCAGGCUCCCAAGCUGGGCCCCCAGGAGCCUGGGGCCAGGGCCAGCGGGCAGCUGACAGACACAGGCUGGGCCCCGGGUGCAGAAUACAGCCGUGUGGAGGCCCCCCUCAUCUGCCGGGAAGGGGAGAGCAUCCAGGGCUCCCACGUGACCCAGUGGCCUGGCGUCUACCUGCUCCAGUGGCAAAUGCACAGCCCCCCUGGGCACGUGGCCUGCAGCCUCCCUGGCGUGGAGGAUGUCCUGACGGCCCUGCACAGCCCUGGCCCCAGGUGCAGACUUCUCUAUUACUACGAGGUGCUGGCGUCCGCAGAUUUCAGGGGCUCCAUGUCCAGCCUGGAAUCCUGCACCAGCCGCUUCUCCCAGCUCAGCGCCACCACCUCCUCCUCCUCCAGCCAGUCCCACAGCAGCUCCCUGGUCUCCAGAUAG